AUCACCUUCCAGCUCCAACCUGCCAGAGUCUACCUGGAAGACACCUUUGUUUACUACGUUAAGACCCUGUUCCACACCUACAUCCCUGACAGUGCCAUGGCCUCGGCCCCAGCAGAGCCACAGAGGGGGACAAAGUGUGGCUCAGCCCCCAUCCUCCCUGAACAGGUGCUGCAGGCGGUGCAGGCGCUGGUGCACCCUGUGCGGCUGCAGAGGCUGAGCAUCCAGCCGGUCAACCUGCUGGUCAGCAUCCAUGCCUCCCUCAAGUUGUACAUCGCUUCAGACCACACUCCUCUCUCCUUCUCCCUGUUUGAGAGAGGCCCGCUGUGCACCACAGCCAGGCAGCUGGUGCACGCUCUGGCCAUGCACUACGCUGCCGGGGCCCUCUUCAGAGCUGGGUGGGUGGUGGGCUCUCUGGAGAUCCUGGGCAGUCCUGCCAGUCUGGUGCGCAGCAUCGGGAACGGGGUGUCAGACUUCUUCCGGCUGCCGUACGAGGGGCUGACCCGCGGACCUGGGGCCUUCGUCAGCGGAGUGUCCAGAGGGACAACGUCUUUCGUCAAACAUAUCUCAAAAGGCACGCUGACGUCCAUCACCAACCUAGCCACGAGCCUGGCCCGGAACAUGGACCGCCUCUCGCUGGAUGAGGAGCACUACACCCGGCAGGAGGAGUGGAGGCGCCAGCUGCCAGAGAGCCUGGGGGACGGACUGAGGCAGGGGCUGUCCCGACUCGGCAUUAGCUUGUUAGGAGCGAUUGCAGGCAUUGUAGACCAGCCCAUGCAGAACUUCCAGAGGAACUGGGAGACGCAGAGCUCAGCGGGAAGCCAUGCCAAAGGGGUCAUCUCUGGCGUGGGGAAAGGCAUUGUGGGUGUUUUUACUAAGCCCAUCGGAGGAGCAGCUGAACUGGUGUCCCAGACAGGUUAUGGUGAGUUCAGGAUCAAAGCUAACAGCAUUUUGGUUUUUCACUUUCACUGAAAGACGUGAUUGUAACACUCCCAUUACUUUUCCUGUUGUUUACAAAAAUACACAAUUUGUUGAUUCCAAAACACAGGGAAUGAAAGCACAAUCAGAGCAUCAUUCUUGCUUUGAAUAUAUACUGUAUAUAUAUAUAAUUUGGAUAUGCAGUGGUUCUCAACCUUUUUACACCAAGUACCACCUGAGAAAAUAGUUAUACAAGUUUUUUAACAUUGUUCAUAUGACCAAUGUUAAAAUACAGUCCAUGCACAGUAAUGCAGGACUCGGAGGCAAAUGUAUUCAUAAUAACAUUAUUUAUUGUCAGCCACAGCUACAUGUACAAAGGGCAGUCUCUCUCUCUCUCUCUCACACUCAUCACCACAAGUGAGAACAUAAAGAACAAAAUAAUAAAUUAUUCUCACACAACAAAUGACAACUGUACACACAUGUCAUUUCCUCACACAAAGUGUGAAUGUAGGCCUCCUGCAACAACCCACAUUGUAACAGAAAAUGUCCUCUUGGGAAUUCAGUUCCACAAUAAUAAUGAAAGCCUCCAGGAGCAGAUGAGCCUAAGGGUAGCUCAUCUUCAGUCUGCUGAUGUUUGCCAUUAUUGCCAAAAAGAAAAGAAAAAAGAUAACAAUUAAGGACAA